AUGAUCGAGCAUGAUUUGAAGGUGGCGCACGAAACCAUUUACUGCAAUAACAAUCUGCAAAACGUCGCGAAGCUGCUCCUGGCGAAGCACAACAAGGAAGUGAACAGGAAAAACGCAAAAAUGAUGAACAAUGCUGGUGCGGGUGCUGACGCAGUGAAAAUGAUUGCAAAUACAUCUUCUUCAUCCUUCGCCGACCAGAUGGAGCUCAGUAGCGGCAGCUCCGCUUCCGCAACUACCAACAGCCAGCUCCCGAAGAGCACCACAGUCGUGUCCGAUGGAAGGUUCGGAGUGGAUCAGAAGCGGCUACUGUUCACGAUUUUGCUCCAGCACGAAAUGCCACCCACGCAGAGCGGGGAGAACUUCAAACUCUUUCACAUGAUGAGUAAAGACGAAGUUGCGGACUACAGAUCGAAAGAUUAUUACUUGCCGAACGAGUACUGCCCAG